CAUUCGCACAUUCCAACCUCCACCUCAAACAUUUACCCCCUCAACACUGAGCACCACGCCGUCAAACAGCGAUCUCCAGUCGGGUCCGAUGGCGCCUCAGCACAUUCCUACACCCACAUGUCCCUCCCUUCCCCCAGAAAUCUGGAUCCGCAUCCUCUCCCAUCACCUAGACCUAACCCACCUUUGGACAACGUGCCGCCGCGUCUCCUCAACCUUCCAGGCUUAUGUUGAACAAGCCUUCGCUGAAACGCACCUCCGAUCCACGCAGAUAGACUUCCAACUCGAAAAGCACAAUUUAGGCGGAAGAACAAGACGGCCUGAGGUUCCAUGCACAUUCUCGCACUUCUCAUCUGAUGCCGGGAAACUUCGAGUAUAUUUCACAGAUAAGAGGGGGAAGAGAGAGGUUUCCAGGGAAGAGAAAGGAGGUUAUGAGAAGGUUAUGGGCAGGUGGGAGGAGCGGGUUAGAAUGAGCAAACCAGAGACUCCACAUUAUACCAUCAGUUUGGGCGGGACUGUGAACGAUACUGGACUACCAGGACUCAAGCUCAAUGCCAAGGAACGCGCAAUCGAAUUCAAGUGGCGAGACAUGCUGACGCUAUUCUUCCGGGAACAAGCGUGGAUGCGGGCUUUGAGGGCACGCUGGUGCGUCGAUGUCAAGAACCAAGUCUCUAACAAUCACGCGAGAUUCGUAAUGGGAGAGAAACUCGCCCCGUCCGGUAUCCCGCAUCCCUGGCCCAUCGCACAGCUCGAGUUCCGCAAGCAGAUCCGGAGGAAACGUCUCAAAGAAGCGUAUCAAGAUGAUGAGGAAAUGACUUGGGCUAUUGGGAGCCUGGUGUACUUUGAGAGAUGUAGUGCAUAUUCACAAGGCAACAAGCGGUUUACUUCGGUGACGAAUAUCAGGAUUCCGGAGGCAGCUUUUGGAGAGAGGUGGUUCAACAGUGUGUAUUUGUUGCAGGGCUUGUUUUUGGACGAGUGGAGUUGUUUGCAUAGAAUUGAUGUUAAGAGAGAGCAUUUGGGGUUAUAAAGUUGUUAGGUAUGGGCCGAGGAUGUUGUAGGAUAUGUACAGCAGUACAUUAAUCGCGUAGGUUUAAGAGAAAUAUUAUGCACUACUCUUCGCUAG